GAGUCGAUCAUGUUCUAGCGUCCACGGGGGACAAUGACGGUCCAAACCCUCCGCUCCUCGGCUCUGCUCUCCUGCGCGUCCCUCCUGUGGUUCGCGGCGGCGGCCGGCGGGAUGCCGUCCGCGGCGCAGCGGGACCUGCUGAUGCGGCAGGAGGCGUCCAGGCAGAUGGGAGGCGGCGUGACGCUGACGGCGGCCGAGCGGCGGCUGGACGCCGACCUGCGGCGCCUCAAGGAGCGAGAGAUGUCCGCCGCGCAGUUCCCCCCGGCCCUCCACUUCUUCAAAGCCAGGCCCCUCAUCCGGGAGAGUCCGGUCUUCAAGCUGCUGCAGAAGAUGCCCAAAGGCGGCGCGCUGCACGUCCACACCUCCUCGCUGGUCGGCGCGGAGUGGCUGGUGAAGAACGUCACCUACAGGCCCCACUGCCACGUCUGCUUCACCUGGGACAACUCGGUCCGCUUCGUCUUCUCCGAGCGCCGGCCGUUCCCUCGGUGGGACUGCUUCUACUGGCAGCUGCUCGGGACCCUGAGGGCCAGGAUAGGAGACGCCUCGGGCUUCGAUGACAGUUUAAUGCAGCACCUGACGCUGUUCACCGAGGAUCCGGACGGCGAGUACCCGAGCCAGGAGGUGGUGUGGGAGAAGUUCGAGAAGGUCUUCAUCGCGGCCGCCGGGCUCAUCACCCACGCUCCCGUGCUGAGGGACUACUUCUACCGGGGCUUAGAGGAGCUCCUGCAGGACAACGUCAUGUACCUGGAACUCCGGAGCGGCCUCUCGAAGACGUACGAGCUGGAUGGGACCGUCCACGACACGGCCUGGACCCUGAGGACCUUUCAAGAGGUCACGCGGAGGUUCGUUGCAGACCAUCCGGACUUUCUCGGGGCUCGUGUCAUAUUUUCUGUGCACAGGGCUCUGAGUGUCUCCGAGGUCAAAGCAGCCGUGAAAGAGGCCAUUCAGCUGCAAGCGGACUUCCCAGACGUGGUCGCGGGAUUCGACAUGGUCGGCAGGGAGGACAGCGGCCGCAGCCUCUGGUACUUCCGGGACGCCCUCGCUCUGCCCGCCGAGCUGGGGGUCGCGCUGCCGUACUUCUUUCACGCGGGGGAAACGGACGCCGACGGCACCGACGUGGACCAGAACGUCCUGGACGCGCUGCUGUUCAACACCACGCGCAUCGGGCACGGCUACGCCCUGGCGCACCACCCGCUCGCCAAAGAGCUGUCCAGGAAGAGGAACGUGGCCGUGGAGCUGUGCCCCAUCUCAAACCAGGUGCUGAGGCUGGUCUCGGACCUUCGUAACCACCCGGCGGCCGUGCUGAUGUCCGAGGGUCACCCGAUGGUGGUCAGCUCCGACGACCCGUCUCUGUUCGGCACCACGGGCCUCUCCUACGACUUCUACGAGGCCUUUGUAGGCAUCGGAGGAUUGAAGGCCAACCUGGGCACUCUCAAGGAGCUGGCUCUGAACUCCAUCAGGUUCAGCUCCCUGCCGCCUCACCUGAAGGACAAAGGCCUCGUCAUGUGGCAGAAGAAAUGGGACGCCUUCAUCUUCGACCAUUCGUGACAACCGGGCCGAAUCCUCUCCCACGAGAUGAUGGGGGGAAAAAGCAAAAAAAAAAAAAAAAAGAUGUCUUGACCUUUAUUAGAACUGUGAUGCAAACAUUCUGCCCUGCUCUGUGCGGUUCAAAGCUGCCCACAGACACAGAAAAAAGGGAUUUUUACACACAAAGUCAAAGAAACGUCGUAACUCAAUUGUAGUAAUAUAAUUUAAUGCCACAUUUUGAUGCCUGUGAACGUUGUCCCGUGUCAUUGCCCUUUGAUGAGAUACUGUAUGUUCCAGCUCUGACCAGUGCACCGCUGAACAACCAGUGCGUAAGAGCCGCCGCGAUCGGCCGUCACAAUUUCCAGGCAUCGCUUUGUUUCUCUGUUCCGGAUCGGUCCGUCCUGAGAAAUAAAACAAAUUACAACAAUA